GUUUUGAAAAUCCACUUCCGGUGACGAGUGGGACGUUUGGCAGCUUCACGGUAUAUGGUAGUAAUCUUAAAACGUGGACAUUUUAUCUUUGAUUUCCGGUGUCGGGGUUUCGGCGAUGUCCAGGCCAUCAGAUGGAUUUAUUAGUGACUCUUCAGGUUUAUUUGUGUAGUUUAGUGAGAUGUUUUAGCGGAUGAUGUUGAUGAUGAUGAUGCUAGCAGGCUAGUUAGCAUGACGCCUCCUGUAAACUAGCAGCGGGUGUUGAUGAAUAAUAUAGCGUCUCAUGAUGUGAUUUAGGACGUAACCUUGAGCAUAUAAACGUGGAUUUGGGUUAUAAUGUAAAGGCAAAUGGUGUAUUAAUAUACAUUAGUGCUAAAAUAUAAAUAACACACUGUAAUACACGAGAGAGAAAACGUGCUGAAAACUGGUGGGGAUUAUUUACAGAAAUUAGGACAUCUCAGGCAGCUCAUUUUAAUUUGAUCAACUUGAAGCCAUUUCUUUCGAACUAAGCUCAUUUUCUCAGGAGUCCAGACGAGGAAGUGGCUCUCUAAAUAAAUAACAGAUGUGUUAAACAUAUAACAUGCUUAGAUAGAUUGUUCAGCAUCUAAGUGUAAAUGCGUUUAGAUUAACAUUCAUAUAACAUAACAGAGAACUGUCUGCUACACACACACACACACACACACACACACACACACACCCGCCAUGUCCUCCACCACUGGGGAUCUCUCAGGGAAGAAGAAGAAGAAGCAUGUGCGCUUCGCCAGAAUGCAUGAAGAGGAAAAGGAUGAUAACCCGGAGCAGGAGGAGGAAGAGGAAGAGGAAGACACGCUGUUCGACAAGAGGAAGGAUGUAAAAGCUGGGCUGAAAAGUGCCCUGAAGCGAGGGAAAAGGCUCGUGCACUCUGCCACGGGGGAGAAGGUGGAGAUUAAACGUGAUGGAGGAGCGUGCAGCCGCUGGAUGAUCACCCUCACCCUCUGUGCUUCAUUUCUGGGCCUGGGGAUGUGUAUCUCUGUGUUGGGCCCGACGUUGGAAGAUUUGGCCACCAAUUUGAAUAAAAACAUCAGUAAUAUCUCGUACAUCUUUGCUUGUCGUGCCACCGGUUACAUCGCAGGCUCGCUGCUGGGAGGAAUUCUGUUCGACCUCAUCAACCCUCACCUACUGCUGGGUUUUGCCAUGUUGUUGACUUCAUUUGGAAUGUUUGCCACCCCGUUUUGUAAGAAAGCUCUUGUUUUAGCCGCUCUGGUCUCCACCGUGGGCGUGUCGAUGGGAGUCCUGGACACAGGUGGGAACGUGUUACUUCUGAACACGUGGGGUGAUCAGGCCGGUCCCCACAUGCAGGCUCUUCACUUCUCCUUCGCCCUAGGAGCCUUCGUGUCUCCCAUCAUUGCCAAGCUGCUGUUCGGACACGAAUCCAGUGCCUUGGAUCAGAGUGCAUCACAAACCGCAGCGACUAACGUCACGUCCGCAGCUCUGCCCUUCCUCCACGGUAAAAGCUCCAUCCUGACCUCCAUGUGGGCUUAUGUGGUUAUAGGCGCCUUCAUCCUGCUUGCUUCACUCCUCUUCUUCAUCCUGUACUCGCGAAGCUCCGCCUCUCCAAACAAGGAGUCGUCAGCGCCGGGGAAACCUCCGUUCUUUGCCAAGCACCACACGGCACUCAUUUCACUCCUGGCGCUCUUCUUCUUCUUUUACGUGGGUGCCGAGGUGGCGUACGGCUCAUUCAUUUUCACCUACGGUAAAGAAUACGCCAGGCUGCCGGAGGCACAGGCUGCCGAGCUGAACUCGCUCUUCUGGGGCUCCUUCGCCGCUUGCAGGGGCGCGGCCAUCCUUUUCGCGGCUUGCGUCUACCCGGCCACCCUGAUCCUCCUUAGCCUGGCGAGUUCUGUAGUCUCCUCGCUGUCUUUGGUGCUGUUUAACCAGCAACACGUGAUGCUGUGGAUUGGCACAACUGUUUACGGCGCCUCCAUGGCCGCCAUAUUUCCCAGCGGGAUCUCCUGGGUGGAGCAGUACACCACCGUGAGCGGCAAAUCCGCAGCAGCGUUUGUCGUUGGUGCGGCGCUCGGAGAAAUGGUCCUUCCUGCGUUGCUGGGCUUCCUGUUAGGUCGCAUCCCACAUCAGCCGCUGCUCAUGUACCUGGCUCUCUGCACAGCCACCGUCACCUCUAUCCUCUUCCCUGUGAUGUUUAAACUCGCCUCAUCUACAGGGGGCGCCAUGGUCCGCAAACAGCGAAUCAGAACGCACGGCGAAAUCGAUGACUGCGAGGAUCGCCAAGCGCUGCUCGAUUCCGUUGCCGAUGACGCUGAAGAGGACGCGGGGCCUGAGGAGAACGAAUCCGAAAUUGACCAGUGGAACGACGCAGACUUUGAAGUGAUCGAGAUGGACGACGCCAGUCUAACAAACUCGCCCAGUAAAACCAGCUCGCCGCCACCCGAUAUCCCCCUCAGCAGCCAGGUGCCUUCGUCUGUUCACCCCUCCUCGUCGGUUACCUCUAGUCCAGUUGGGGCUUCUACAAGCUCCGUCCCCAAACUGAGUGAUUCGCCAAGACGCAAAGUACUCUUCGACCGAGAGAAGAACGACUGAAAAUGUGAAAAUGAACAAAUAUAAUCACGAUCUCGUAAACUUGACCCAAGAACAGAACAGAUUGGAGCACGUCCGCCACCCGCUGGUAGCACUGAGAACUGCGCCGGCAGUUUAUUGGCUGUAUAAGACUCUGCUGAUAACGGACUGAUCAUUUACAUGUUUUUCUAGCGCACAACACUGACCCCAUUUAUUUAUUAAUCAAACUAAAAAGCUUGCAGCUGUCUGAAUGUCUGCAGGAACGAAGUACUGUGACUGUAGCGUUUACACCCGCUGCUGUCCCGACUCUGUAUCCGGAUUAUCCUCGUCGAUACACAUCGUCUGUCCAAGCCACACUACAUCAUUACAUCAUCACCAAGCUCCUCCCACUAAGAGGUGAUAUUACUUCACAGUGGUGAUUUAUACAGAGACGCCACCGACCUGAAUGACAAACUAACAAGAAAUGUCCAUCUUCAUCAAUUUAUACAGGAUUUAAACACACGUUGUAUAAAAUAGACUCUCCACAUGCUUUCACUUCAGUGGGAGCUGAUUAGCAUAUUACACACCAUCCACCAAUCAGAUUUCAACCUGAAAAAAUCUGCUCGUGCAACCAACAAGCACACGGGUAACAUUCUACACUAACAAGCGUCUUUUCCGCUACUCGCCCUUAAAACUGACACGAUUUCCACUGCUGAUGUUGAUAAUGUACACAUGAAUCACGAAAACGUGAACCGUAAAACCUCACGUAGUCAGGAUGAGCGCAAACACGAGCACUAGGACAGCAGUGCCCCCUAGUUGCAACAGAUACCGUUCUGUGGUUUGUUUUUCGUGUGUGUGUGUGUGUGUGUGUGUGUUUUUCUCGACCUGAUGUUAUGUAAAUGGAAAAGCGUCACUUUAAUCGUUCUGCUGCAGGCAGCUUUGCGUCCCUCAAAUCAACUUUGGUGAUUAAAAUGUUUUGCACAAAGACGUCAUUUGCUGAAAAAACAAACUGCGUGACUUUAUCUCACAUCGACGUGUCGGAACGGACCGAAUCUAAAACAAUAAGAGGCUGAAAUAAUCACCACGUUAUGAUUUACGUUAGAACGUCUUACAUUUCAGAUCGCUGAGCACUCGGAGACGUCCAGUUCUGAUCUUUUUUCUCUAUUCGAUCAGUACGCGGCAUAUAACAGCGUGACGGUGAAUGCUGCACUCUUCGGUACGUGUCAGAUUUAUACUGUUAUGAUUAUUAUUGUUAAUUUAUUGUGAUUUAUUGGAACGUGGCAGGGAACCUACAGCGUACACCAUUCGAAUGGUUUUAAAGCGGAGAGCGGUGAGAAAACAGCGUAAACGUCCACUCGCUAUGUUUGUCAGAACCCGGCUCUGUGAUUGGUCUAAAUCGCAGUGCUACGUCGUGACAUCACUGAGGACCUCACCUCCUCCUGCUGUGAUUGUGUUUACGUCCUGUUACGUCCCCUUUGUGUCUAAUUAAACGCCGGUUAAAGCUUUAAUGUUGAUUGUCAUGUCUCAAUUAUUUUUAAAUAAAGAUUUAAUCCCCUUG